AUGCCCUCUUUCAAAGUUCUAUUGGUAUCCACUCUCGUCUCUGGCAUACUUGCCGCUCCUCUCGUUGCUCGCUUCGAGAGUGGCGCGAGCGCUGCUGUUUUUGAUGAGAAUCCACGUACCUCUCUCGAAACUCGUGCGGAAGGCGGUGCCGAGGAACUCGUCGAUAUUUUGCCUCGUGGCAUCGAGGCCAGCAAAGACUUUGCUGACAUCAACAUCCACAAGGAAGAGGCUGAUCAGGACUUCAGCAAUGGUCUGUACAUUCGGGACACUGAGACCUCUCAAAACAAACAAAGUUUCGAUGCCCGGGAUUUGAAGGAGGUCAGCGAAGUCUACUCCGCCUACCAAUCUCGCGAGAUUGAGGCCAAUGAGGAAGUCAACGAUAUUGAGACCCGCAACUUGGAGACCAGUGAGGACUUUAUGAGCAUUCAGAGUCGUGACGAAAACCGAGACAAGUCCCGUGUCGACAAGGAGAAGAAGGAGAUCCAGGAAAUCCAGACUUCGCAGAGGGAUCAACAGAAGACUUCCAAACAGAGAGAGGACACCCAACGCGCGGCUAUUGAUGUAACUCGCCAGGAACAGAAAGAAGCCACCAACUCCCAACAAGAGGAGAGGGCCAAAGCCGAAAAGACUCGAAUGCAGAACGACCUGAAUGAGAUGAAGAAAGACGAUCAAGCAGCCAAAGCUCGCCUUCAACGUGAAAAGGAAAAGGAGAAGGAGGAGUUGGAAGAAGCAAAGCGGGCACAGAGGUCGGAAACCUACGACAAGGACUUUGCGUACAAGAAACCCGAGGUUCAAUCAAAGAACUACGACGAUGAUUAUGCGAGGCAGAGGGCCGACGUGCUGGCACAAUAUCGCAUAGCUUACUACAAUAAGAACACCUGCGGCGAUAGGAUUCAAUACUUGCAGGUGGAACGACAGCGGCAGCUCGACAUAAUCAGCCAAGCUGAAUAUGACAAGCAGCAGAGUAAGGCGCGUGUCAUCGACCUUCAGCAACAGAAGAUUUAUAGUAACGACAAGAACGCAAUCGACGACCAAAUCCGGGCAGAGGAGUGGCGGCAACAAGAUGCAGACCGCAGGAUUAUCGAAGCACAAAACACCAAACAAUAUCAAGACCAGUUAAUCAAGGCGGACGAGCAAUGUCGCGCGCAGGAGGAUGCACUGAUCAGGGGCUACCAGGACAAGAAGAAUAGGGAGGAUGAACUGAUUCGCGAGCAAGAGCGUCAGAGGGAACGCGAUCGCUUGCGUGACAAAGACGCCGAAAACAGGCGUCUCGCCAAGGAGGCCGAGGACAGACGCCUCGCACUUGAGCGCGAAAAGGAACGUGAUCGCCUGCGUGAUAAAGACGCAGAGAACAGGCGUCUCGCCAAGGAGGCCGAUGACAGACGCCUCGCGCUUGAGCGCGAAAAGGAACGUGAUCGCCUGCGUGAUAAAGACGCAGAGAACAGGCGUCUCGCCAAGGAGGCCGAGCAAAGACGACUCGAGGAACAGAGACGCAAGGAACUGGAUCGUCAGCGUGACAAAGACGCAGAGAACAGGCGUCUCGCCAAGGAGGCCGAGCAAAGACGCCUUGAGGAACAGAGACGCAAGGAUUUGGAUCGUCAAAGGGACAGAGACGCCCAAAAGAAGCAGGAGGAACAGAGACGCAAGGAAUUGGAGCGUCAAAGGGACAAACAGCGCGAUCAGGAGGAACAGAGACGCAAGGAAUUGGAGCGUCAAAGGGACAGAGACGCCCAAAAGAAGCAGGAGGAACAGAGACGCAAGGAAUUGGAUCGUCAAAGGGACAAACAGCGCGAUCAGGAGGAACAGAGACGCAAGGAAUUGGAGCGUCAAAGGGACAAGCAGCGCAAUCAGGAGGAACAGAGACGCAAGGAACAGGCACGUGAACGUGAUAAGCAGCGCAAUCAGGAGGAACAGAGACGCAAGGAACAGGAGCGUCAAAGAAAUAAUGAACGGAAGAAGAAACCUGGUAAAUGA